AUGGGCACCAUUACGAACAAGUUUAUCAUUAUGUGUUCGAUACUGUUUCGGAUUUCAGCCAUCGGUUUUGCCCAAAAUACUACUGCCUUUUUCAUCUUCGGAGACUCACUGGUCGAAGUCGGAAACAACUAUUAUAUCGACACGUUGGCAAAACCGAGCUUUCCGAAUGGCAUUGACUUUCCGAGAGGCACUCCAUCCGGACGAUUCACCAAUUCCCGAAUAAUUACAGACAUUAUAGGGGAAGAAUUGGGGUUUCAGGAUUACACUCCUCCUUUCUUGGCACCUAAUACUACCGGAGAUACGAUUUUGAAGGGAGUUAACUAUGCCUCCUCUGGAGCUGGAAUUUUACAAGCCCCCGGAUCACUCUUGGGUGAACGAAUUUGGAUGGAUAAACAAGUGGAUUACUUUGCCAAGACUAGGCAAGACAUCAUAUCAAGAAUUGGUGCAUCAGCGGCUCAAGCAUUGCUCAGAAAUUCACUCUAUUUUCUUGCAAUUGGGUCCAAUGAUAUCUUAUUCGGAGAAUAUGCAACUCUUGAUAAGAACGGUUUUACAGAUGAAGUAGUUUCCAGUUUCAAAUCCCAAAUCACAACUUUACAACAUGGAUCAGUAUUCGUUUAUAUCGAUGGUUAUGCAGUAACGGAUGAUAUCAUUAACAAUUCUAGAUCAUAUGGAUUUGAGAACAUAGACUAUGCCUGUUGCGAAGUGAUAGGGAGACAUGGCGGUCUGAUUCCAUGCACAGAGAUGUCUCGAGUUUGUUCUGACCGGAAAAAGUAUAUUUUUUGGGAUCCAUUCCAUCCAACGGAAUCAGCAAUUUUAAUUGCAGCAAAGUAUAUGCUGGAUGGAGGUCCUGAGUAUGUUUCACCCAUCAAUAUCCGUCAACUUGCUAAUUCCUGA